AUGGAUCUUUAUCUGUAUAUUAGUAAUAUCUUAGUUCUUAAGGAAGGAACAAGUGAUUCGCAAGGAAAAGGCCAAUUAUUAUCUAAUAUCAAUGCUGUUCUUGCUAUUCAAACUGCUAUUUCUACGACAUUGGGUCCUCUUGGUGCAGAUAAGCUGAUUGUAGAUAGUAAAGGUCAAAUAGUCAUUUCUAAUGAUGGGGCGACAAUUAUGAAAUUGUUGGAUAUUGUACAUCCAGCAACGAGAAUUCUUGUUGACAUUGCUCGAAGUCAGGAUGCAGAAGUAGGUGAUGGGACUACUUCUGUGGUAAUGCUUGCUGGUGAGCUUUUAAAAGAAGCAAAGGCAUAUAUAGAGGAAGGUGUGAGUCCUAAUAUUAUUUCUUUGGGUUAUAGAAAAGCAUGUCAGCUUGCAGUUGAUAAAAUAAAAGAAAUUUCGGUUAAUAUAGAAAAGUCUGAUAAAGAAAAGUUCCGUGAGUAUCUUGUAAAGUGUGCAAUUACAUCAAUGUCUUCCAAGCUUAUUCGUUCUCAUGAAGAUAUUUUUGCCAAAAUGGUUGUAGAUGCUGUUUUAACACUUGAUGAAGAGCUUAAUGAAAAGUUGAUUGGUAUUAAAAAAGUUCUUGGUGGUGCUGUUGAGGAUUCUUUAUUAAUUCAUGGAGUGGCUUUUAAAAAAACGUUUUCUUAUGCAGGAUUUGAACAACAACGAAAAUUAUAUAAAAACCCUAAAAUAGUGUGUUUGAAUGUAGAACUUGAACUUAAAGCUGAGAAAGAUAAUGCAGAAGUUAGGGUGGAAGAAGUCUCGGAAUAUCAAGCUAUUGUGGAUGCUGAAUGGAGGAUUAUAUUUGAAAAAUUAGAAGCAUUGGUUAAUACUGGUGCUAAAAUUGUAUUAUCGAAAUUACCUAUAGGAGAUUUAGCAACUCAAUAUUUUGCUGAUCAUGAUGUUUUUUGUGCAGGGAGAGUUGCGUCUGAUGAUUUGAAUAGAGUCGUAAUGGCAGUUGGUGGUUCUAUUCAGUCUACAUGCUUUAAUAUUCAACCGCAUCAUCUUGGAACAUGUUCAAGUUUUGAAGAAAGGCAGAUUGGUGGUGAACGGUUUAAUAUAUUUGAAGGAUGUCCUGGGGCUAAAUCCUGUACUAUAAUCCUUCGUGGGGGUGCUGAGCAAUUUAUUGCUGAAGUUGAAAGAUCACUCCAUGAUGCUAUUAUGGUUGUUCGGCGAACAAUUAAGAAUAGUUCUAUUGUGGCAGGCGGAGGUGCAUGUGAGAUGGAAGUUUCUAAAUAUUUGCGGGAGUAUUCUCGGACUAUUGUUGGCAAACAACAGUUUAUUAUUUUGUCUUUUGCAAAAGCGUUGGAAGUAAUUCCACGACAAUUAUGUGAUAAUGCGGGUCUUGAUUCAACUGAUAUUUUAAGCAAUCUACGAAUGCUUCAUGCAAGAGGUGAAAUAUGGGCAGGAGUUUCUGUCAAGUCUGAAGGAGUUGCCGAUAAUUUUCAAGAAUUCAUAUGGGAACCUGGCUCUGUGAAAACAAAUGCUAUUUUAUCCGCCACUGAAGCAGCUACUCUUAUUUUAUCAGUUGAUGAGACAAUAAAAAAUGAGCCCAGUCAACAGGUAGAUUAUAUAUAA